AUGGCUGAUGCUGCUGCUGCCCCCGCUGUUGUCAAGACUCCCAAGAAGAAGGCUGCUGCCAAGCCUAAGAAGGCUGCCGCACAUCCUACCUAUUUGGAGAUGAUCAAGAAAGCUAUUUCAACCCUGAAGGAGAGGGGUGGUUCUUCCCGACAGGCUGUUCUGAAAUACAUCUUGGCCAACUACAAGGUUGGUGACAACCAGGUGGCCAUCAAUGCUCGCAUCAAGACUGCUUUGAAAAAUGGAGUCAAGAACGGCGCACUGAAGCAAUCAAAGGGAACUGGAGCCGCUGGAUCAUUCCGUCUUGGCGAGGCAAAGAAAGACGAAAAACCCAAGAAGGCUAAGGCAGCUGCCAAACCAAAGAAGGCUGCCAAAUCCCCCAAGAAAGUCAAGAAGCCAGCUGCUGCCAAGAAGCCCAAAACAGCCGCUAAGAAGGCCGCUAAGUCACCAAAGAAGGUGAAGGCUGCAGCCAAGCCCAAGAAGGCGAAGACACCCAAGAAGGCAGCAGCCAAACCCAAGAAGGUCAAGACCCCCAAGAAGAAGGCAGUCAAGCCAAAGAAGGCUUAAGCUCUCAUUGUCACGCCUUCGCUCCACAUUUCUGUGGUCCAAAGGCCCUUUUCAGGGCCAUCCAAAUACCCCAAAAGAAAACUUGAAAACACUGAUAACAAAACAAUAAAUAUGUAUAUUAGCAGUAAUAAAGUGCAGGUUCUCGUGAUAACAGAGAUAACGUGGC